UCAUUAUCCAAUCAGUCGAGUCAUAAAUUUAGUUUUAAGCGGAAUCUUAUUUAAUACAAUUUAUUAGAUAAGUUUUAUUAUAUACAGAUUAGUAGAUAAACUGCAAUAUAAAAAUUCGCGAAAAUUAUGAAUUGGCAUAGUCUUGUUACAAGCCGACAACAAAUAAAUCAAAAUGAAAUACUUCAUCGCCAUCUCUCUGCUCGUCGCCGUGGCUUCGGCCGGUUUGGUGAAGCCUGUGGGCUCUGAGCUCGCCGAGCUCCAGGAGAUCAUCGCCGCCAUCAACAGCCCCAGCACCGACCCCGCCACCGCCGCCGCCCUCGAAGAGAUGCUCCUCGAUGCUCUAGGCGUCAAGCCCGAGCCCGUUGAAGUUGGACCCGCCGUCAUUGACACUCACCCCAUCUCUGUCGGCCCUGCCAUCAUCGAGUCCAACCCCAUCUCUGUUGGACCCGCCCUCAUCGACUUCCCCCUCCCCGACGCUGGUGUUGUCGCUGAGGAGCCCAUUGUCCCCACCCCCGUUAUUGUUGCCCCCGCUCCCGUCGACGAGGUCACACCCGUCGCUGCCGCCGCUCCCCUGGUCCAGAUCAUCCUGAACAUCAACCAGGCCGCCGCUGACGUUAGCCCCGUCGCUGUUGGCCCCGCUGUCGAGCCCACCCCCGUGCACGUUGUGGAGUCUGCCCCUGAGCCCGUCCACGUUGUGGAGGUCGCCCCUGAGCCCGUCCAGGUUGUCGAGACCGCCCCCGAACCCGUCCAGGUCGUCGAAACCGCCCCUGUUCCCGCUGAGCCCGUCGUCAUCGGAGUCCCCGUCCUCCCUGAAGCCGUCGUCGCCCUCCCUGAAGCUCUCAACUAUUCCACCAAGAUGAAAUACUUCCUAACAAUUGCCCUAUUGGUCUCCGUGGCUUCGGCCGGCAUGGUGAAGCCCACCCCCACCAGCGACGACGUGGCCCAGAUCCAGGAGAUCAUCGCCGCUAUCCUGAACCCCAGCACUGACCCCGCCACCGCUGUAGCCCUCGAAGAGAUGCUCCUUGAUGUCCUCGGUGUAAAACCUGAACCUGUUCAAGUUGGACCUGCCUUCAUUGACGCCCCUGAGGAGCUUGUUAAACCUCCCAGCCCUGCUGCUGAGGUGGCUGCGCCUACACCUAAAUCUCCUUUAGUGCAGAUCAUCGUGAACAUCAACCACGCCUCUGCUGACGUCAGCCCGGUAGAUGUUGGUCCUGCUGUUAUUCCUAGGCCCGUUCCUGAAUCUGACCAUAUUGAGGAUAUUGCUCCUGAACCUAUCCACGUUGUAGAUGCUGCUCCUGAGCCCAUUGAGCCCGUCAUCAUCGGCGUACCCAUUCUCCCCUCACCAGCCGUUAUCCUACCUGAAAUACUGAACUAAGAAAUAAAGGAUAUAAA